AUGGUACAUGGCACUCCCGAGCUAGUCGAAGCGUCGACAAGGGAUGGUGUUCACUCUGUGUACAAUCUACGUGAAAUCACAGCACCAACUUUGCGAGGCAUUCCAUUGCUCCUGUUCUCUAGACUCAUCAGAAGCUCGCUUGGAAGCCUCAUUUUGAGCAAGCUCAAGAAGAAUAACGACAUUGAUUGCAUUGUACGACUUGCAGAAGGCGAUCUGAAGGAAUGGAUGCCCCUAUAUUACCCAUUGCCUGAAGUACAUGAUGAAGCUCGAUACAACAAACAGCUUGAACUUUCCAAGCGAUUUCAGUUGGAUGAAUUUGCUGCCUCUCACACGAAUGCAAGGAGUAACGGAGGAGAUUUCAGGUACAACACAGCACAAGACUACGUUGAUAAAUACAAGAGUGGAGAGCUGACACCAUAUCAAGUAGCCUUGGCAGUAAUCAAGGCAACCAAGGAUUCCAAUUCCAACAAAGUCAAAUCCCUGAAUGCCAUUGUGCAAAUGAAAGAGGAUGAUAUACUGCAACAAGCAAAGGAAAGCUCUGAACGAUACAAGAAUAACAGAACAUUGGGGCCUCUAGACGGCGUCCCGGUGGCGGUCAAAGAUGAAGUGGACAUAAAGGGAUACCAAACGACUUUUGGAACAAAGUUCAUUGGAAAUCUGCGCGGAGAUGCCAAGGAAGAUGGUACUCUUGUCAUCAAGCUACGCCAAGCAGGCGCAAUGCUGGUAGGCAAAGCGAAUAUGCACGAAUGCGGCAUUGGAACCACAGGCUACAACUGGCACUUCGGGCCCUCGCGAAAUCCACACAACCUGAAUCAUUUCACAGGCGGAUCGUCUAGUGGAUCGGCAGCUGCUGUUGCUGCAGGAUUAGUACCAUUGGCAUUGGGCUUUGAUGGUGGUGGCUCAAUCCGGAUACCUGCGGGUCUAUGUGGAGUUGUUGGAUUGAAGCCUACUUUCAAACGAUGUGAUAUGAACUCUCCGAUUGGACAUUCCUGUGGCCAUCCUGGGCCAAUGGCAUGCUCUGUGAAGGACGCUGCCAUUGGCUAUGCAGUCUUGGCCGGUCCAAACGAAAAGGCUAAUGAACGUAGCAAACAUGUUGGGAUUCCAAUUCCACCAGUCCAUUUACAAUCCUAUUCAGACAGUGUAAAAGGACUCAAGAUUGGAGUUUUUGAGGAAUUUUUCAAUGAUGCUCAUCCAGAAAUCGUGGAUGCGUGUCUCAAGGCCGUCAAACACUUGGAAUCUCUUGGUGCAAAAGUGGUAAUGAUUACCAUCCCCCAUAUGGAACAAGUCAAGGUCGCACAUGCAGUGACAGUUUCGUCCGAACUGACUGCUGGCUAUAGAAAGUACUUCAAGAAGUUCUUCAACAGCUUCACUCCAGAAACUAGAGUAAGCUUCACGCUUGGAGAAUCAUUUGAUAGUUCCACAUUCUUGGCCGCACAAAAGGUCAGACGAUAUGCCACGAGCACUCUGGAAGAAGUCUUCACAAAAGUGGAUGUAAUUGUUUCACCCACAACAAGCUGCACCGCCCCAGAAAUGCCCGAGGGCGUAGAAAAGUAUGGAGAGUCAAACUUGUCACAGACUGUCAACUUGAUGCGAUUCAUUUAUCAUGGCAACUUGUGCGGGAUUCCCGGUGUGGCGGUACCAGUUGGGUAUACUUCGAGCAACAAGGAGUUGCCCAUUUCGCUGCUGAUUCAGGCUCGGCAUUGGGAAGAGGACACAAUUAUGAAGGUAGCCCGAUGUGUCGAAUCAAAUGUUUCCCAGAAAAAGCCAGCGAUGUACUAUGACGUUUUGGAGUUGGCCAAGGGAGAACCACGGGAAUGA